CACACACACACGUGCAUUUGUAGAACCAGAAGUGAACUCUUUGAGCUCUUGAAACUUUCCACAAGCUCUCCUGACAGAGGAAUGUUGGAGUUGGGAAGCUAGCUUAGAAGGACUUUGGCUAUGGAAAAUAAACAGAUCCAUAAAUGACAAUGAUAAAAGUCCAAACAGGAGAAACAUCCAAGAUGUAAAAAAUCCUAAUGAAAACAAGGGCAGUGAUAAGAGUAGAAUAACAGCUCCAACAGACACCAAUAACAGCAGAAAGAAGCAACUAUCAGAAAGCUCAUCUCUCAUUGGCUCAUAUUAAAGGGACUGUCUGUAACUUUGACAUUUACCAACCAUGUUUAUUUUCCAUGUGAAGGUGGACUUUAGUCUGAUGGAAACAUGACGCCCUAACUGUGUCACAUGGUUGCAUCGUCAAGCCUCCAGGCUCCUCUCAUUAGAAGGUAUUCUGGCAUAAAAAUAAAGGACGUCCCACAAUCCUCAGGGCCUGUACCAUGACUACUAUUACUGCUGUUGGAGUUUUGUCAUGUAAGCUAACAUGUACAUUUUGGAGUGUUUUUAAAAGUUUUUAAAUGUAGAGUUUUUGUUUCGAAAUGUUCACCUUUCCCAUUGAAUGGAACCCUGCAUGAUCAGACUAGUUCAUCUUGCUGGAUAGAUAUUUGUAUAUUGAACUAAAACACUCUCUAGAUAUCUAGAUAUCUGCAUGUUGAGUCAUUUGAGUUUAUAAAGUCACCAGGAGGCUGCCAAGUUUUGGCCCGCUCUGAUUCUGUGAUGUCAAUGAGCCGUAGCGCUCCUCACUGUUGCUAUGGAGGAACUGGUUUUGCAGACUGUCAGAAUGUUUUGUUCUUAGAACAGGUUUCAUAUCAGACAUGAGUUAGCUGCAUUUGUCUCCCUGCUGUCAAAGCUCGGCCAUGCCUCCUAAGUUGUGACGCAGUUCUGUUCUCUGAGUUCAAGUUGAGCUGACAGACAGCAGGGGGCGCUCUGCUGUGGAUCAGUGGGACAGACCAGAGGAGGGAGUCUCUCCUCUGAAACCUCUCUGUGUGAAGACCAAGAAGCUCUGAGGUUCAGGAUGGAGAAGAAGAGUCCAGACUCUGCUGAACCCAGCUGUGUGUCCAUGAAGAGUGACCGGUCUAUUGGUCGUGGUAUAGACUUCAAACAGUCAGCAGAUGAAAGAGUUGAGCUGGGACCAUCAGAGUUCUUCAGAGAUCAGUCCAAACAGCAGAAACCAGAGCUGGACUCCAUAUUUAUGCUGCUGGAGGAGAUCAUUAUCAUCUUUGUGAAGAAGGAACUGAAGAGAUUUCAGAAGGCUCUGAGUCAGGAUAACCCAGAAUGUCCCAGUGAGGAUGAGGAGGUGUUGGUUGGUGAAGAUGAAGAGCAGAAGAGCAGAGAGGCUUUUCUGAAGAUCACAGAGAACUUCCUGAGGAGAAUGAAGCAGUACGAGCUGGCUGACUGUCUGAGGAACAGAUAUUCUGCUUCAGUAUGCCGACAGAAACUCAAGUCUAACCUGAAGCAGAAGUUCCGGUGUGUGUUUGAGGGGAUCGCUAAAGCAGGAAACCCAACCCUUCUGAAUCAGAUCUACACAGAGCUCUACAUCACUGAGGGAGGGACUGGAGAGGUCAACCAGGAACACGAGGUCAGACAGAUGGAAACAACAUCCAGGGAAGCAGACAGAUCAGAAACUACCAUCAGACAGGAGGACAUCUUUAAAGCUCCACCUGGAAGAGAUGAACCAAUCAGAACAGUGUUGACGAAGGGCGUGGCUGGCAUUGGGAAAACAGUCUUAACACAGAAGUUCACUCUGGACUGGGCUGAAGGCAAAGCCAACCAGGACAUCCAGUUCACAUUUCCAUUCACUUUCAGAGAGCUGAAUGUGCUGAAAGAGAAAGAGUUCAGCUUGGUGGAUCUCAUUCAUUACUUCUUCACUGAAACCAAAGAAGCAGGACUCUGCAGGUUUGAGGACUUCCAGGUGGUCUUCAUCUUUGACGGUCUGGAUGAGUGUCGACUUCCUCUGGACUUCCACCAAACCAAAAUCCUCUCUGAUGUCAGAGAGACCACCUCAGUGGGUGUGCUGCUGACAAACCUCAUCAGGGGGAACCUGCUUCCAUCUGCUCGCCUCUGGAUAACCACACGACCUGCAGCAGCCAAUCAGAUCCCUCCUGAGUGUGUUGACAUGGUGACAGAGGUCAGAGGGUUCACUGACCCUCAGAAGGAGGAGUACUUCAGGAAGAGAUUGAGAGAUGAGGAUCAGGCCAGCACAAUCAUCUCCCACAUCAAGACAUCCCGAAGCCUCCACAUCAUGUGCCACAUCCCGGUCUUCUGCUGGAUCACUGCUACAGUUCUGGAGGAUCUGCUGAAGACCAGAGAGGGAGGAGAGCUCCCCAAGACCCUGACUGAGAUGUACAUCCACUUCCUGGUGGUUCAGUCUAAAGUGAAGAGCAUCAAGUAUGAUGGAGGAGCUGAGACUGAUCCACACUGGAAUAAAAAGAGCAGGAAGAUGAUGGAGUCUCUGGGUAAGCUGGCUUUUGAGCAGCUGCAGAAAGGAAACCUGAUCUUCUAUGAACCAGACCUGAGAGAGUGUGGCAUCGAUAUCAGAGCAGCCUCAGUGUACUCAGGAGUGUUCACACAGGUGUUUAUAGAGGAGAGAGGACUGUACCAGGACACGGUGUUCUGCUUCAUCCAUCUGAGUGUUCAGGAGUUUCUGGCUGCUCUUCAUGUCCAUCAGACCUUCACCAACUCUGGAGUCAAUUUGAUGGCAGAGGAACAAACAACAUCCAGAUCUACAAUGACACAGCUCUACCAGAGCACCGUGGACCAGGCCUUACAGAGUCCUAAUGGACACCUGGACCUGUUCCUCCGCUUCCUCCUGGGUCUGUCACUGACCACCAAUCAGAAUCUCCUACAAGGUCUGCUUAAACAGACAGGAAGUGACUCAGAGACCAAUCAGGAAACAGUCCAGUACAUCAAGACAAAGAUCAGUGAGGAUCUGUCUGCAGAGAAAAGCAUCAACCUGUUCCACUGUCUGAGUGAACUGAAGGAUCGUUCUCUAGUGGAGCAGAUCCAACAGUCCCUGAGAUCAGGACGCCUCUCCACAGAUAAACUGUCUCCUGCUCAGUGGUCAGCUCUGGUCUUCAUCUUACUGUCAGAAGAAGAUCUGGAUGUGUUUGACCUGAAGAAAUACUCUGCUUCAGAGGAGGCUCUCCUGAGGCUGCUGCCAGUGGUCAAAGCCUCCAACAAAGCUCUACUGAGUGGCUGUAACCUCUCAGAGAGAAUCUGUGGAGCUCUGUCCUCAGUCCUCAGCUCCCAGUCCUCCAGUCUGAGAGACCUGGACCUGAGUAACAACCACUUGCAGGAUUCAGGAGUGGAGCUGCUAUCUACUGGACUAAAGAGUCCACACUGCAGACUGGAAACUCUCAGACUGAGUGUCUGUAACCUCUCAGAGAGAAGCUGUGGAGCUCUGUCCUCAGUCCUCAGCUCCCAGUCCUCCAGUCUGAGAGACCUGGACCUGAGUAACAACGACCUGCAGGAUUCAGGGGUGGAGCUGCUAUCUACUGGACUAAAGAGUCCACACUGCAGACUGGAAACUCUCAGUCUGUGUGGCUGUAUGGUCACAGAGGAAGGCUGUUCUUCUCUGGCCUCAGCUCUGAGCUGGUCCUGUCUGACAGAGCUGGACCUGAGCUACAAUCAUCCAGGAGGACCAGGAGAGAAACUGCUGUCUGCUCUCCAGGAGGAUCCAGACUGCAGACUGGAGACACUGAGACUGGACCAUGGGGGACGGCACAGACUGAAACCAGGUCUGAAGAAGUACGCCUGUGAGCUGGAAGUGGACACAAACACAGUGGAGAGAGACCUGAGACUGUCUGACAACAACAGGACGGUGACAUGGGUAGAGAAGGGUCAGCCAUAUCUUGAUCAUCCAGACAGAUUUGAUAAAUAUUAUCAGCUGCUGUGUCGUACUGGUCUGACUGGUCGCUGUUACUGGGAGGUCAGGUGGAGAGGAUUAAUUCAUGUAUCAGUGAGUUACAGAGGAAUCAGACGGAAAGGAGGCGGAGGUGAAUGUAGGUUUGGAUUUAAUGAUCAGUCCUGGAGUCUGGAGCACUCUGAUGGUGGUUACUCUGUCCGUCACAAUAACAGAGAAACAAAAAUCUCCUCCUCCUCUCCAUCCUCUGGUAGAGUAGGGGUGUAUCUGGACCAUCCUGCUGGCUCUCUGUCCUUCUACAGAGUCUCCUCUGACAGACUGAUCCACCUCCACACCUUCAACACCACAUUCACUGAACCGCUCUAUCCUGGGUUUGGGGUUUGGUUCUCAUCUUCAGGUUCCUCAGUGUCUCUGUGUUCUGUGUAGCUCAAACUCUGCUGUCUGAAUCCAAAGCUUAGUCAGACUACACACCAGAUGAUUGAUCCUCUCCGAUGAAUCUGAUUAGUUGUAAAUCUUGACAGUCAUUCUUCAGUAGAUGAAAUUGUGUUGGUGAAAAAUGUCUCCUCUG